AAUCCAAUAUAUCUAGUAUCUACAACCACAUUUGUUGCCUCUCCUUUGACAGUCUCGAGCUCUUGCACAUUGUCUGCAGCACACAUCUCGCUCGCAAACCUGUCUUCAACACCAUCAUGUCUAUCUCAAAACCUCUGCGGGUCGGUGUCAUCGGCGCCACAGGCUUUGGAGGCUCCUACCUGACCGUCGAACUCAUAAAUCGCGGCCACACCGUCAUUGGAAUAGCACGGCAUCCGGAAAAGUUGGGAAAACACGAACGCUACGUUCCAAGGGCAGUGGAUUUGGACCAAAUCUCCAUCUCGGAGCUCGCACAACAGUUCUUCGAUAUCGAUGUCCUGGUCUCAGAGUACGGUCCACAUACAGCCGGUGCCGAUGCUUUACUUUACAUGCCCUUCCUGGAAAUCGUCCGUAAGAUAGUCCUUGCCGUAAAGCGGUCCACUGUGAAGUACUUCCUCUUCGUUGGCGGUGCUGGCUCUCUCCACGUUCCCAGCACACAGGACUGCUGCGUCGAUCAUCCGGAUUUCUUCCUGGCGUAUCGUCGCGCAAUCGCUACUUCGGAAGCGCACAUUGCGUACAUGGAGGAGCGAUUAGGUAUCAUGGGCACCGCGCUGCGUGCUUAUCGAGCCGCUCGUAUCGCAGAGGCAAACAACAGUGCCACUGAAGAUGACAAGAAGGUCAUUGCCGAGUAUGAAAAGAGCAUACGCGCGAAAGAUCGCGCUUCUGAUUUCAUCAAGGCCGGGCGCACGGCGUUCAUGUUCUUUGAUGGAAAUACGAGUUUCAGGUGGAGUUUUGUCUCUCCGUCGGCGUUGUAUAGGCCUGGUCGGAGAACGGGGAAGUAUGAGAUUAGUGUGGAUGAUAUGGUGUUGGUGGGAGAGCAGCAGGGAGACAAUAUCUUCGAGGGCAGAUUGACUGGUAUUAGCGUUGCGGAUAUGGCGAUUGCUAUUGCUGAUGAAGUGGAGAGUCAGAAGUUGGUGUGGAAGCAUUGGAGUGCUUGGGGGGAUAUUUCGGAAGAUAAGCCGGCACCGGCGUAUCUAACGUUGAAUGAUGUUAGUAAGUGAC